AUGUAUUGUCUUAAGGUGUAAUGCCACUCAGCAGUAAAAUGGUAUAUGGCUCACCUGUUUCACUACGUGACCUUUCUGGAGUCAUUUUACAUAACUCAUGACCGUUCUACUAAACGGCAAACCAAGCGUACGGUUGCUGUUUGUUGAAAAGUGACCCAAUCUUUAUCUAGACUUUUGUUUCCAGAAAUGUGCAAAGGUUUUGAGGUGCGGGAAUGUUAUAAAACAUUCCAGUAAGUGUUGGUCAGCUUCCAGUGCUCUUUUGGUGAGUGAAAAGAUGAAGUUCUUCCAUUGGUUAGCGCUUAGUUUUGUUGUACUGAUCUGUAUCGAGGUACAGAUGGGUAACGCCCUGCCCCGGAGAUCCUGUCACAGUAGGGAUGGAUAUCCACAUGAAAAGUGUUGCAACGAAUGCCCUUCCUGUCGGCAUCACUUUGACGUAGAAUCUCCCAAGGACCCGAAUUGCCGGAAGCUUCGCAACUAUCACUACGAUGUGGAAAAGUUUACGGAUUGUGAUAAAGAAACGUACGAUCGACUAGAUGCAGCAGUUGAGGAGUUGCCAGAGCGAGGUUGCCGAAAAUCGUACCAUUACCAUUACGACGUUGAAAAACCUUGCUGUUGUGAUGAGGACAGUCACGACACAUAUGAUUUUGAGGUGUUGGAGCCGAAAACGAAAAACAGAUGUUCGAAAAUGAAGCUACAGGCGUAUGCUGAUCAUCCUGUUCGUGAAUGUCAGUGCGACUGCAAUAAUAGACGGUAUGUGGUAAAUACGGCAAACGAUACUCAAUUCAAUAGUUCAGUAUUCGAAACAUUCGCCGACGACACUAGUCGAAGUAAUACUAUUCCAAGACUAAGGCGCAGUAUUAUGGACCCAUUGAAAGAUGAUAAAUUUACCAUUAGCCUUAGUGAGUCGUCUGACCCACGGCAGUUUUUUUAUAACACACACAUGCCAGUGAAGUCGAAUAUUCGGGCAAGAAAACGAUUCUUACGACGACAAUCAAAUGUACCACGAUCGAAGCGCAAAGAGUAUGAUUUUAACUUCGAUCUGAAUGGUCAUAAGGAAGCAUUUGUUUGCCAUUGCGUGCCAGCGAAUCAAGCUAACUUUGUAAAAGCGGAACCAGAUGAGAUAGUAGGUGCUCCGAGAAAGUCCAAAAAUAAUGUCGAACCUGCAGUGUACAUUGGUGACGCCUCGAAUCCAAUAACGUACGAGCAGAUUAAGAAGCAUUUAGAUGCCCUUCCAAGAGAGGACUACAGUCCAACGACUAACGAUGUAAUCGGUAAUUUGACCGUACUUUUUUAUGACAUUUAUCAGCAAAAGCAUAAGAGAAAUUUUACGCUACCCCUGAAAUAUGGUACGCGUACUGUAAUCGAUCAAGGCGAUGGUUUGCAAAAGUAUGAAAUUGAACCAAUUGAAGGUGAAUACCAACCACCAAAAUUGAAUCGAAUUGCGUCCAAAGGACUUCGGUUGGUUGGUAGGAAAAUUGAACAGAAAACGAACCCAAAUGUUGAUAAUCGAAGAAACAGGCUACGGAAACGAACGUAGAAAUUUAAUUUUUAUUGCCUAAUGUGAUGUAUUAAAUUAAUAUUCUAUUUAUAUUAUUUGAUUUUAUAUCCAUAUUCACUACUAGCUGACAGUCCCUGAUCGUCUGAUUGACUAAGCUGACUACCAACAACAGCAGUUGAAACUCUAGAGGACCUUAUGGAAGACUUGUGACGGACUCAGCGACAAAAACAGACUUGACUGCUUACUCAUUUGUAAAAGGUACUAAACAAUGAAUAAAGAAAAA